GGGGUCGUAAGCAACUGCGCACAGGGCACCAAAGAAAGAAGUCUGGCAACGUCGGAAAGUGGGACUCGGAACAUCAAACGAGUGCCAAGAGUUUUUCUGACACCAUAUCUCUCCACCAAAUCGUCGUAUUUUCAACUUGGCACCUUGAAUUUUGAACAUGGCGGCGUGUAUGAGACGAAUUUGCGGAUCUGGGCUGCUAAAAUCUAACCAUGGAAUUGUUUUGCAACAGGUUAACAAAUUCUCCUCUAGCAGCUCUUGGACAAGGAGUCAGAAAGCUUUAUGCACAACAGCUGGUAUCUUGACCGGUGGAGCAGCUGCCCUGUGGUACACCCUCGAUCGCUCUGUCCAGGCGGCAGAUCUUAUCCUUCACCCUCCAGAAAACCAUUGGCCGCACAGUGGACUUCUGUCAACAUUUGACCAUGCCAGCUUGCGCCGUGGUUAUGAAGUUUACAAGCAAGUGUGUGCUGCUUGCCACAGCAUGCAGUACAUUCGCUUCAGAGAAUUGAUUGGUGUUACACACACUGAGGAUGAAGUGAAGGCGGAGGCAGCAGAGUGCAUGGUGGAAGAUGGGCCUGAUGAUGCCGGAAACAUGUUUAAGAGACCUGGCAAGCCUGCCGACAGUUUCCCAAGCCCCUACCCCAAUGAGAAUGCUGCUCGUGCUGCUAACAACGGAGCAUACCCUCCUGAUCUGUCUUACAUUACUGCUGCUCGCCAUGGAGGGGAGGACUACGUAUUUGCUCUACUGACUGGUUACUCUGAGGCUCCAGCUGGUGUGACACUGCAGGAGGGUCAGCAUUAUAAUCCUUACUUCAUGGGUGGUGCCAUUGGUAUGGCGCAGGCUAUUUACAAUGAGAGUGCUGAGUUUGGUGAUGGAACUCCUGCCUCUGCGAGUCAAAUUGCCAAAGAUGUCUCAGCUUUCCUUAGGUGGUGUUCAGAGCCUGAGCAUGAUGAGCGUAAGAAGACAGGUUUCAAGGCUCUUUUGAUGUUGACCGUCUUUACGGCCAUUUCUAUCUACUGGAAGAGGCAUGUGUGGUCAUCACUGAAGUCGGAAAAGAUUUUGUAUGUACCAAGAAAGAAAUUGUAAAACUGUAGGCUGUACUAGCAAAAUGAUUCACAAUGUAGGAUUUGUCCCUCUCCAAUCAUUGUGUAGUUACAAAUUUUAAUGUGAUGUUUGCUGGCUAUUUUCUAUCACAUUGCAAUUUUAAAGAGAACUGGGACAACACAGCAGGUACUGUUCGUUAAAAUUACAUCAUCUGUAUUAAAAGCUGAGCAAUAUUGUUUUUAUUGAAUGAACUGUUAGCUAUCUGGAAUAUUGCACUAAAGUAAUAGAAGUGUGUCCUCUACUCAAACUUUAAUUGUGCCAGGAAACAUUUUUAUCAGAAAAAAACAAAUGGAUAGAAAAUGUGGCGUUGUAAUAAUUGUUAUUAAGUGUAUUUAAGAAACCGAUGACAUUUGUAUGAUAUUAUGGUAUUCUCUUGUCACCUUUAUUAUUUUGUGCUUCAGUUUUUCAUUAAAAUCAAUGCUAUGCUUUUAUCUGUUAAUAUUUCACUUGUCAUUUAUUUUGCCUGUCAGCUGCUGUUCUGUAAAAUAUCUUGUACAUUUGCAUUUUGCUCAGCCUAAUGUAAAGAAGUGUAAUGACCUAUUAAAUGGCAUAAAAUCUGUAAAAACAUUAAA